UAUCUGCAGUGACACAAGAUUCAGCUGGAAACUCAAGACAAAUCGAUAAUCCGGGCGCAGAAUCUCUCCCGUUGAGAGCAACAAUUAAAUCUAUGACCUGGGGGGUACAUUGCAGUGUUUAGCAUUCGCUUGUGAGACAACAGGCGAUACUUGAGGGUCGGACCAACAUGCAUAAGCAAUGACUUUUUGUUGCAGAUGACAAGGAGAGCUGGAUUAACACAACAGGCCAAGCAGCAUCAGAGGAGCAGGAGGAGGAGGCCUUUUUGUUGCAUUUCGUUUAUGGCCGGGAUCUGAACGUUUUGCAAAAUCUACAGCUACAUCUGCUGUUGCAAUUACCUCCUCCUCCCGAAAUCCACAAAGGAUUGUAAAAUAAAUCUUGGCGUUUUCCCAAAACAGUUAAAACCUGUUCGAGCAUUUAUUUGAAAAAGAAAAAUAACCUUUUGCAGUGACAACUGCACCCGCCGUAUCCAAACGUCUGGAAAAGGAGACCGUGGAUCAGAUACGAUCGAUUCAGCGGCAUUCCUGCGCACUUCGUCGGAAGGUGCCUCUCAUUCCCAGAUGUUAUAAACAAUUCCUCCUCAUUAUUACAGCCUCUGCAUUACAAGGAGCUAUCAGGCAGCAUGUCAGUGCAGGCGGGCCAGCUGCUUUUCUCCUUGGUCCUAGCACUGUUAGGAGGGCAGAGCCUGGCAUUCUCGGUGCCCAGUACUUGCGAGGCGAACGGCAGCUUGUAUUCUGUGGGUGAGUGGUACACGCUGGAGUCCGAUCCUUGCAGCCAGUGCGAGUGCACGCUGGCCGGGCCAAUGUGCGCCCCUCACACCGAGUGUGCACCGCUGCCUCCCGCCUGUGUCCAUGUCAGCCACUACCCGAGCAACUGCUGCCCUCGCUGCGAGAGGAUUGGCUGUGAAUACCGGGGAGCCGUGUACGAGCUGGGGCAGCACUUCCAGCCAUCAGAAUGUGAACAAUGUACCUGCGACACGGAUGGCAUUGCACGCUGUCUAGUUGCUGACUGUGCUCCACCCCCAUGUGUUAAUCCAGUGUAUGAGAAAGGAAAAUGCUGCCCAGAGUGCAAGGAUGGUCCAAAUUGUUACAGCGACUUCACUCAAAGUCAUGUAAUCCUAGGAGGAACUACUGUGUUGGUUGAUAAGUGCACCAAAUGCCACUGCCACGAUGGACAGGAUGUUGGAUACUGGGAAGGCAAUCGUGUAGCCAAGUGUGUGAUGGUUCCUAAUUGCACUUUGAAUGAUGAUGAGAAUUAAUAAAUACAAAACUGUAGACCGUAUUGAUAUUUUUGGAUCUCCUCAGUUCUCUGAUGUAUACUGUCAGGAAUGAUGAUUGAUGUUAAUAAAAGCCAUGGACCUAUAAUUGUAAACCAAAGUUUAAAUGAAAUACACAGUUGUACAAUUGUCCAAUGGAUUACACCCUUUUUCUCCUUAGGCUUCAUGUUCAUUCGAUGUAGUUCAUUUCUUUAAUAGUAUAUUUGUAUACAAUAAGAACUGCUCAGUGCAUUACAUUUUUAAUGGUACCAAGAGGGAGAAAGAGCAAUCAUCACUGAAUGUAAGAUUCAUAACUCACUGUUAAACUAAUUUCAUGUAGAACAUUCUCUAAGUUCUGUUGCUUAGAAAGGGUUAGAGUAGCAAAUUCUGUUGUUAAGUUGAUGAUUAUUCCCAACUUAUUCUGCAUAUUGAUUACAGUGGAAGAUCCAUUAGCAUUUUGAAUGCUAUUAGAAAUGUGUUCCUAAUGGAAAUUUGGAAUGUCACCAUAGUUCAGUUCUUCCAGCAGGGUGAUCCUUCUCAAUUAAUCUGCCAUGAUGAAACAAAUAAACCGACAACUGGAACCAGA